AUGGACGAACGUACACCCCUCGUCUCGACCGUCAGCGUAACCCGCAAACGACCGCGGCAUCCAUUCCCCCACAACACCUUCCGCCGCUUCUGCAGCAUUGCCCUCGGAAGCAGUCUCAUCGCGCUGGUUAUAUGCUUUCUUCUGCCCAUUGCGAUCCUUCCCCGUGGCCAUGACUCUCUGUCAACCUACCUGCCCUGGUCGAGACCGUUUCCCAAUUCAUGGCCACAGAGUACAGGCAUCACCUUCACAGAACUCCAGGAGCUGCUGUUAAGCACCCCAGAUGAGGACAAAGUCCGUUCUUGGAGCGAAUAUUACACGGCUGGUCCUCAUCUUGCAGGCAAGAACUUGAGUCAGGCCAUCUGGACACGAGAAAGAUGGGAAGAGUUUGGUGUCAAGUCGGAAAUUGUGGCGUACGACGUCUACAUCAAUUAUCCAGUCUCUCACCGCCUGGCACUGCUGCAUGGGGACAAAGUCAAGUACGAAUGCAGCUUGGAGGAAGAUAUCCUGUCCGAAGAUCCGACGACGUCCUUGAAAGAUCGCAUCCCAACCUUUCAUGGCUACUCGGCCAGCGGUAACGUUACCGCACCUUAUGUCUACGUGAACCGCGGCACCUUUCAAGACUUUGAAGAUCUAGUGGCUGCGAAUAUCAGCCUCUCAGGCAAGAUAGCGCUGGCAAAAUAUGGUGGUGUCUUCCGUGGCCUCAAAGUCAAACGAGCCCAAGAGUUGGGCAUGGUCGGGGUAGUUAUCUACUCAGACCCUCAAGAGGAUGGGGAGAUCACCGAAGAGAAUGGAUACAAGCCAUACCCUGAAGGACCUGCCAGGAAUCCAAGCAGUGUACAAAGAGGCAGUACGCAAUAUAUAAGCACCCUUCCCGGAGACCCAACAACACCUGGGUACCCUUCCAAGCCUGGAGUGCCCCGUGUUGACCCUCACAAUUCGACGCCCAAGAUCCCGUCGCUUCCUAUCUCAUACGCCGAUGCACUUCCUCUGCUCAAAGCCUUGAAUGGACACGGUCCCAAUGCCAGUUCAUUUAAUAAGUAUUGGCAAGGCGGCGGCCUUGGUUACAAAGGUGUCAAAUACAAUAUUGGGCCAACACCGGACUCCGUUGUUCUCAAUCUGGUCAACGAGCAAGAAUACGUGACUACACCGUUGUGGAAUGUGAUUGGCAUCAUCAAUGGAACCAUACCGGAUGAAGUGAUAGUGCUUGGAAAUCAUCGAGACGCCUGGAUUGCUGGGGGCGCAGGAGAUCCCAAUUCUGGCUCGGCUGCUUUGAACGAGGUCAUUCGGUCAUUCGGAGAAGCCCUCAAAGCCGGAUGGAAGCCCUUCCGCACCAUUGUCUUUGCUAGUUGGGAUGGCGAGGAAUACGGGCUUGUGGGGUCGACAGAGUGGGUGGAAGAAUUCCUGCCUUGGCUCUCGGCCAGCACUGUUGCUUACCUGAACGUCGAUGUUGGAACGCGAGGUCAGCAUUUCGAGGCAGCAGCAUCGCCCUUGCUCAACGCUCUCAUCUACAAUGUUACAGGCAGCGUUCAGUCGCCGAAUCAAACAACGAAAGGGCAGACCGUUGGGGAUAUCUGGGAUGGCACAAUUCGCACGAUGGGUUCCGGUAGCGACUUCACUGCGUUUCAAGACUUUGCAGGUAUUCCAUCCCUCGACCUGGGGUUCAGCGCCGGCCCAAAGGAUGCUGUUUACCAUUACCACUCCAACUAUGAUAGUUUCCACUGGAUGGACAGUUACGGAGACAACGGCUGGCACUACCAUGUGACCAUCACCAAGAUAUGGGCUCUGUUGGCUGCUACUCUGUCCGAAACCCCAGUCUUGCCAUUGAGUGCAAAGGACUAUGCAGAUGGCCUUGGGAAAUAUCUUAAUGACGUGAAGAAAAGAAGUGAACAAUAUUCGACAGCAGCAAGCUUUGACUUCCAUGACCUGGACAAGGCGACGACGAAGCUUCAAAAAGCAGCCGCGCGAUUUGAUUCGUAUACAGCUGAGCUAAAAGACCGGUUGGGAGAAGGUGUGCCUUGGUGGAAGUGGUGGAAGAAGGUCAAGCUAUAUUACGAGGUGAGGAAAGUCAAUGCAAAGUACAAGACGCUGGAGCGUCAAUUUCUCUACCAAGGAGGAUUGGACAACAGAUCAUGGUUCAAACAUGUGGUCUUCGCUCCAGGCCGGUGGACUGGCUAUGCAGGUGCAACUUUUCCCGGGCUGGUUGAGAGCUUUGAGGAUGGGAACACUACAAAUGCUCUGCGUUGGAGCGGGAUCAUCAAGGAGAGUUUGAACAUAGCUACGGCGCUGUUGGACUAG